AUGGUGGGAAGGAAUGUGGUACUAGCAGUGAUCUUCCUCUUUCAAGCUGCAGUAGGAGCCCUGGGGAACCUCUCUCUCCUCUGUCAGUAUUUCUCUCUCCAUUUCACUGAGCACAGAGGAAGGCCCAUGGACUUGAUCCUGAAGCACCUGCUCUUUGCCAACUGUUUGACCCUCCUCUGCAAAGGUGUGCCCCACAUAAUGGCAGCCUUUGGGUGGAGGGAUUUUUUCAGGGAUAUUGAAUGCAAACUUGUUUUAUACAUUCACAGAGUGGCAAGGGGGGUGUCCCUCAGCACCACCUCCCUUCUGAGUGCUAUGCAAGCCAUCACCAUCAGUCCCUGGACCUCCAGGUGGGCAGGGCUUAAGGAAAAAGCCCCCAGGUACAUUAGCAUCUGUAUUUCCAUGUGCUGGGUAUUUGAAAUGCUGUUAAAUGUUCUCUUUCCCAUAUAUGUUAGUUCCUCAUUGAACAAUAUAAACACCACAAAUAUGAAAGACUUUAUAUUCUAUUCUUCUGUUCGUCAUGACCAAGCCAAAGACUUGGGUUUUGCAGCCCUGUUAUCCUUCCCUGUUGCUAUGUGUCUUGGGCUCAUGCUCUGGGCCAGUGUCUACAUGCUUCUCAUCCUGCACAGGCAUCAGCAGAGGGUUCAGCACCUUCACAGGAACAAGGUCUCCUCCAGACACUCCCCUGAGUCCAGGGCUACCAAGACCAUCCUUCUCCUGGUGAGCACCUUUUUCUUAUUCUACCUCCCCUCCUCCAUCUGCCAGGCUCUUUUGGCUCUUCUUAAACAGCCCUCCGCAUUGCUGGUGAACAUCACUGCCAUUUUGGCUUUGUGUUUCCCAGCCAUCAGCCCCUUUCUGCUCAUGAGCAGGGACUCCAGCAUGUUCAGGGUCUGCCUCACCUGCAUGAGAAAUAGAAAACUCCCUCAUCUGAUGAGAAAAAUAUAA